AUGACUCGUGCUGCUCUCUUGCCCGUUCUUGCCGUCGUUGCCACGUCGGUUGUCAAAGCCGACUACUUCAACUCCAUCGACCCGCUCAUCUCGAAGACCCUUACAUGGGGCUCUCUUCCCCAGCAAGUCGACACCGACACCGCUGACCCCCGUGGAACCCAGACCGGCUACAAUGUCUGCAACUCGACAACGGAGAACCAGGAAUCCCUGUGCCAGACGAUGGUUGUCAACCACAUCGAUGACUUCUGUAUUUGGGCACCUCCCGAAGCCAACACUGCCAUCGCUGACUCUGAGGGCGAGGAAGUCGCGUGGUGCACCAAGAAGGGAUACGGCACCCGUCUUAUCCCUGAGGGCGCUAUCACCGGUAUCCAAUUCGUUAAAACUCCUUCGUACCUGCAGAUCGCAGCGUUCGUCGACCAGACCCUGCUUAACAUCCCGGCUGACGACUACGGAGGAGAGCUCGAUUCUGGAGGACAGGACGGUAACGGUAACCCCAUGGGCGGUGCCGUCUUCUCCAACGCAUUCCCCUCGAGCAACGGCGACAACUCGACAUACGCCCAGGCUAACCACUGGUCCUUCUUCAUCGGCGGUAACUUCACCUGUGGCAAGGUCUGCGACCAGACUGGUUCCAACCCGCAAGGUCUCUGCCAGAACAUCUACGACAGGCUUGGGUGCACGUACAAUGCGCCCAACAACGCCCAGGACGGUGUCUUCGAAUACUGCGAGGGUGACGACAUGACGCCCGUUGGAACUUACGUCGUUAACGGUGCUACCAGCGUGUACACCCAGCCCGCCGAGACCGUCUCCAUCACUGACAUUCCCUACACCCCCACCCCCGCCGCAACCUCGAACUGCAUUACCUACACUUCCUCCGCUCUCUUCACCGACCUCGUUGGCGUCAGCCCCACCGGCACCGGCGCCUCGACCACCGGCAGUGGUUCCGCCGCCGCCACCGGGUCUUCCAAGGCCUCGAGCGGCAGCAAGAGCGCGACCGGAAGUGGUGCUACCGGGACCGCGACCGGCGCGUCGUCGAGCGGUGCCCCUGCGGCUCUCAGCAUGGGGUGGUACUCGUCGGGGUUGACGAUGGUCGUUGGUAUGGCUUUGGGAUCUCUGUUGAUUGUCUGAGCGUUUGAUCUGGGCACAUCUUUAUGCACUUGACAUUGAUUUUCUUUCGUGAGAGGCUGGAGUUUGGAUUGAUUGAAGGAGUAGAGUGGACGGAGAGUGAGAAUCUAUGAUGGACAUGAGCCUGCAAACUUACACACCCACCCACCCACCCACCAACCCUUUCUCGAUAUCGAUAUGGAUUCUUUUCUUUUGGGAUCGCACACCGAAACGAUACCGAAACCGCACCGAACUUUCGUUGGAAGCUACCUACCUUACAACGUAUACCACUUUCUUUUUAGUGUUUUACCCCGCCCUGUCUUUGACUCUGACUCUUGUUUUGUUCCUUGGUUUGAAUGAUUGAUUUCUCUGUUCCGUUGGUGAUCUCUCAAUGUUGAACGCGAUCGAGCCUUGGACGUGGACGCUUGCGUUUGAGAUACGAUUAUGGACGAUGAUGUGGACAUGGACAACGAUGCUCUAUGGACAUCACGAACGUUAUUUCGCAUCGAAAUGGACCACACACACAGACAUUGCAUGCGAUCCUUGGACUCUCGAUUCAGAGUUUGCGAUAUGAUUAUGGACAACGAUAUGGACGACGGACGAAUACUCUUGCUCUCGACAUCACGAACGUUAUUUCGUCUCU